UCGCCACCCGCGAACCCACCUACCCACAGACCAUCCAACUCCACGCCCUAACCCUACCCUACCCUACCCUACCCGGAUCCCUCUCUGCACCGGCGCCGCUGCCGCUGCCGCUGCGGCCGCAUCGCCGACUUCUAUCUCCGGCGCCGCUGCCGCUGCCGCUGCCGCCGCAUCGCGGGCUUCGAUCUCCAGCACUCCCGAUUCUGCCCUGAUUUGGAUUUCUUCACCUGCUCUGCGUUCUCAUCUCCGACGGAAUUUGAGCUUGCAGGGAGCAGCUAUGGAAAACAUGGAUGAGCAUGACAGUGACGCUAAUAUGCCAUUAGGGAUAGAUUCUGAUGGAGCUGCUGCCUCCAGAUUCAGGAAGAAGAGGUCUAAGGUGUGGGAAGAGUACAAGCCUAUAUAUAUGAAUGGAGUGAUCCAGAGCGCGGAAUGCCACUACUGCCAUACUCUCAUGAGCUGCAAAGGUGCUGAUGGACGUUCCAACGGAACGAGCCAUUUAUGGCGACAUCAUAAUAAUUGUCGAGCAAAAGAGGGAUUUGACCUGAGUGAGCUGCAUGAUACAGACUUCCCUUAUGGUGUGAAUGACAUUGAUCCACUGAACCAGAUUCUUCCAGAGCCACUUGAUGACAUGAACUUGGUAAAUCAUAGUGAGAACGACAGAUUGAGAUCGAAGGUAUGGAUGGACUUUACACCUGUCUAUGUUGAGGGGAGAAUCCAGGGUGCUGACUGUGUCCAUUGCCACACACGACUUAGUGCAGAAAAAAGUACAGGCGAUUUAAACCAGCACACUCAGACUUGUUCAGCACGGGCUGGAACUAGUGUAAAUCAUCAGAAAGGUGGGCUUUUCUCGUCCAGUGUACCAAUUUUUAAAUCUAGGGUGAAGGAUGAACUUUUACCUGCCUUGACAAAUGGUAAAGUUCAGAUUGCAGAAUAUGCUAGCAGGUUCCACUUGGGUUAUAAUUCUGGUGACAGAACUUGUCAAAAUCAGCACAUUCUGGCUUUACCAGCAGACAACAUGAUCCCAAUGGAACAAGAUAAGUCGUCUGCUCGUACUCCAGAUAUCAAGAUCAGGAAAUUUGAUCAAGAAGCAUCUUAUCUAGAGCUAACUAGGAUGAUAAUAAUGCAUGGCUAUCCCCUGUCAAUUGUGGAGCAUGAAGAAAUGAAAAGAUUUGCGAAGGGCCUUAACCCUGUGUUUAACAUGGCUUCAAGCCUAGAUAUGGAAGAAUAUUCAACUCUGCUGUUUCAGAAAGAGAAGUCUGACCUUAAGGAGAAAAUUGCACUUUCGUCACGGCGAGUUUCGUUAUCAGCAAGUGUGUGGGUCCCUCAUGGAGCUGAGCCCACAAUAAAGUACCUGUGUCUGACCGCGCAUUUUAUUGAUUCUGAAUGGAAGCUUCAAAGGAGAAUAAUCAAGUUUGGUGUGCUUUGGUCCUCACCUUCUAAUUUGGAAAGGAUGAUACACUGUAAGGAAGCUUGUGUGCUAGAAUCUGAGGUUGGGGCGUAUAAUGUCAUAUUGGAAGCUAUAAGAGAGUGGAAUAUUGACAGGAAGCUUUUCUGCUUGACAUCUGUAAGCGAAAUAAGAAACAGUGGAAGUAUCUCAAAGCUGAAGGACAUGCUUAUACAGAGGAACUGUCUUCCUAUUAGAGGUGAGCUAUACAAUAUUGCUUGUGUGGAUGAUAUGCUUGACAGCGUUCUUUCGAAAGGGCAAUCAUUGCUUUACCGUGUCGGUGAUCUGCUAGAGAGAUUUAUUCAAGCAUGUGCAUCUUCAUCGCUGACUCAGCAGCAACUUUUGGAAGUUGCUAACGAUGUUGGUAUGAAGUGCCCCCAUGAAGAUGCAAAGUGGUGGCAUAAAAUUUACUUUAGACUUGAGGUGCUUUUGCAUUUCAAGAAGUUACUUCCCUCUGAAGAAUUUGUAUCUGUGGAAGAAAUGAAAAUUGUUGAGCCUAUCUAUAAGAUUUUGAGGGUUUUCUAUCGAGUCGUUGAAGUAAUGUCUGGGCCUGUUUGCCUGACAGCAAAUCUGUACUUCCAUGAAGUAUGGAAAGUUAGGACGAUUUUGCAAGAAGAAGCAUGUACUGAACACUCCGACGUUGCUAGCAUGAUUAGAGAGAUGCAGGAAGCAUUCAAUGAAUAUUGGGCAAAGUCGUACUUGUGGUUGUCAGUGCCUGUUGUUCUUGAUCCGAGAUUCAAAAUUACUUUUAUCGAGUUCCGUCUUAAACGAGCUUUUGGCACUGAUGCAACAAAGUAUGUAAAUGAUGUAGCUGAAAUAGUGAGGGAAUUGUUUCAUGAAUAUUGCACCCCUGUGGAUCAGCCGAAUGUUAAGACUUCAAAUUGCGAAGUUCACAAUGUUGAAAUAGAUGGAUUUGACAGUGAUUUAUUGGAAGAUUGGGAUCAGCAUCUUACUGCACAGACAAGGAGUCAACUAUUGUCGGAGCUUGACAGCUAUCUUGAAGAUGGUCUUCUUCCACGGAAGGAUGAUUUUGAUAUUCUAAACUGGUGGAUGAGUCAUUCUCCAAAGUAUCCAACCCUCUCAAAAAUGGUGCAGGAUGUCUUGGCAAUGCCAUCAUCCGCUGUUCACUGCCAGGCAGCAUUCAGCAGUGAGAGCCCAGUAAUUCAUAAGCAAUGGAGCACAUUAAACAUCAAGACAAUUGAAGCACUUGUGUGUACCCGAGAUUGGAUUAGCUAGGUGGCUCCAUGUUAUGCUACAGAAUGCUCUUCAUGGAGAGAAGGCUAUGCGUUGUACAAAUACCCAUUCUUCUUCUAACAUUGGAGGAUGCUAUUGCUAGGACGACUUACUAACGAACCAUUCUAUUUGCGUGCCGGACAUAGUUUCACAGCGUCUCAAACGUUUCUGCAUUCCUCUCUCAAACAAAUGUACACAUCGGCUCAUCGCAGAAGCUUGUUCUUGGGGUGUAUCAUGCUAUGUUGUUUCCUGUGUUUAGACCCGGGGCUCCUCCUGCCCAGAUGCGCGCGUGCACAGUGCCUAUGGUUCGCUCCUGUUUUAACCUGACGAGGAUCACCUGUGUAUAUUGUACGAAGACAUUCGCUCCUAUAGGCAGAAUUGACAAAUUUGACCUCAAAGCGAAAGUAUUUCACAAACUAAACUGUUUUUGAAAAUAUUUCACACCGCUGACCCUUUUGUGCAUCUCCCAACAGUAAGGUGCUGCACUCUACUGUGCAACUUUUUACAGUUAGGUGCUGCACAGUGUAGUGCAGCUCUUUACAGCUAGGCGCUUGCUGUUGGGCGCUGCACAUUAGAGGUCAGCUGGGUGAAAUAUUUUCAAACAUAGUUUAAUUUGUAAAAUAGUUUCGUUGUGAGGUCAAAUUUAUGUUUUUUGCCGCUCCUAUAUGCUGGAUAUGCUGGGGAAGGUUACGGUGUUGAAUA